CUUGCCUUAGUCAACAUGACGUCUGUGAUAGGAACACCUUUUGCCAGAGCUCCCAGGAAUGUGAGAACCAAGAACCCACAACUUCUGCUCAAGAACAAAGAUGUUACACAAGGAGCUAGUGGAAUUUUUCAAAAUAUUUCAGAGGUUGUCCAAUUCAUGGAAAAUUUCAUUGAAUUGGCACAGUCAAAUUCAUCUGAUAAAGAUCUUCGUCCUGCUGUCCUCACUCUUUGUGCAAAUCUCAAGAAUUUUGGAGCUCAAUUAGAAAUUAACUGUAAAGAUCAACUGGAUCGUGUCUUCAUUCAUCUUCGUAAUGCAGGCAGGGAUGACAGCCUGGAUAAAGUUUCUCGCUUGCACCUUUUGGAGGUGGUAGAGCUGAGAGCUGGACGUUGGUCAGCCCAAGAGCAAGUUAAUAACUACUAUCAAUCAAAGUUCAAUGAGUUGGUGCAAGCCCCUGGCACUAUAGAUAGUGUCGGCCAGAAUGCGGGGCAGAACGAGCCAUCUUCGCCUCCGGUUAGUCCCUUGCCACUGCUGUUACCUGGUGAAGUGGUCAAGUCCUCUGGCAAAUAUAACAUCACGAAUAGCGGCAGUGUCCCCCCGGCCAAGAACUCUAUCAAAGACGAAGUAGUCAUCAGGAACGCCGAUUCUGGAAAAGUGAUGGGUAUCAAGGGAAGGCGGGUGCACUUGAUCGAGGAGAUAAGCGACACGGUCAUUUCGUUCCAGCGAGUGAAUCCUGGAGCUUCCGAACGACUAGUACAAAUCACGGGAGCUGCUCCAGAUAAUAUCGAGAGAGCUAGGCAGCUGAUUGAACAGACUAUCCAAAGAAAUGCCAGUCCCGUCCCACAGUUGGAGUCGAUUAUUUCUGCGCAAGCGACAUCAAAUAAUCAAGAUCUUCCGUCUUGCCACGAAUCUCGUAAACUAUCGUUGAUGGAUUCUGCUUUGGAAGACUAUCAGCAUUCGGUUGUCAUUGGAGAUCAAUGCAUUAAAAUUACAGGCCAGAGUCUCGAUUUGGUUCAGACGGCCAAGUUGGUUUUGGAUGAAUACUUUGCUGGUCUAGCCAACAAACGUCCACGCAAUUACAGCGUCUGCAGCAGCAUGGAUGACGGUGUCGUCAUGUAUUGCCCGUCGCAGGAAAGUCCAAGAGAUGGUGCCCCGUCAAUCAAGAAAAUAUUGAAGUACAAUCGCGAAAGUUUGUUACUCUGGUCAAAAUCGCCCCUGUGUCGUCAGCCGCCUGCUAAUUUUGACUUGGUUUUCCAAAAUGCUCCGGACAUAGCGAGAAAGGAUCCGCAUAGCGAAUCGUUUUUUAACGCGACGGCGUAUUUGGAAAAACACCCCGAUCGGUUGAAUGCUUCUGAAGACAUAAUUGUGCGGCAUUACGACGUCUCCGAUGAUUUCUAAGCACAGCAUUUUCAACUUCUCAACCCAUUUUUGGAAAAGUUUGCAGCAAAAGUCUCAACUCUCAUCAAUUACACACUUUUUACCGGCAGUUAAUCGAUUUCUGGGGAAAUACAUUUAAAUGCUGAAACCGAGA